AUGACGUCCUCGACGAGGGCAUUGUUUAAGAGUCCUGCACUACCAGGACCGUAUGCAGACAGUCGUCGCGGUUCUUGCAGCCGCCGUCACCGUUUCGCGGUCACCGCUCGACGGACACACCUGUUGCACGCGGCGACCAUUUCAAAGACCAUCGUCGGUUACUCGGUACCAGGAUUUCAUCACGUCGGUGGUAACGCCGCCGAGCUUUGCACAUCAGUAUUCACUACACAUUCUGUAGUCUAUACAACAGUCAACAGCAGACAAUAUUAUAAUGUCAUUACGUUUUCAUAG